AUGCGGCGGAGCGGGGAGAGACCGGGGGCGGCCGCUGCUUGCGGGGGGGAUGCGCUGGUGGGUGCUGGGUUGGGAGACAGCGGGGUGGGGGACAUUUCGUGCCCGGGGGUUGCCCACACCUGUCCCCCUGUCCCCAUAGAGUCGCUGCUGGAUGAUAUCGUGCUCACCCACUCGCUGUUCCUGCCCACCGAGCGCUUCCUGCAGCAGCUGCACCAGCACUUCGUGCUGGCGGCGGGCAGCCCCCCGGCGCGCUGGGAGGAAGGGUCGGGGCUGCGGCGCAAGCGGGCGGUGCUGGCCGUGCUGCUGCACUUCCUCGAGACCUACAAGGGGCUGCUGCAGGAGGAGGAGAGCGCUGGGAAGGUCAUCAAGGAGCUUUACCUGCUCAUCAUGAAGGACACGUCCCUCUACCACGAGCUGGAGGACGAGAUCAUCAAGCUGCACCAGCUCGUGGAGACUGUGGAGCUCAAGGUGGCCGACGAGACGCCCCCCCCGAACAAGCAGGUGAAGCCGCUGUUCCGGCAUUUCCGACGCAUCGACUCCUGCCUGCAGACCCGGGUGGCAUUUCGGGGUUCUGACGAGAUUUUCUGCCGCGUGUACAUGCCCGACCACUCGUACGUCACCAUCCGCAGCCGCCUCUCGGCCUCGGUGCAGGACAUCCUGGCCUCGGUCACCGAGAAGCUCCAGUACUCGGAGGAGCAGAGCACCCGCGGGGACGCCCUCAUCCUCGUCACCAUGGCCUCGUCCGGAGAGAAAGCGGUGCUGCAGCCCAGCGAGGAGUGCGUGUUCACCACCCUGGGCAUCAACAGCCACCUCUUCGCCUGCACCAGGGACACUUUCGACUCCCUGGUGCCACUGCCCGAGGAGAUCCAGGUGGUGCCGGGUGACACCGAAAUCCACCGCGCCGAGCCCGAGGACGUCGCCAACCACCUCACAGCCUUCCACUGGGAGCUCUUCCGCUGCAUCCACGAGCUGGAAUUUGUGGAUUACGUGUUCCACGGGGAGCGGGGCCGGCGGGAGACGGCGAACCUGGAGCUGCUGCUGCAGCGCUGCAGCGAAGUGCAGCACUGGGUGGGCACGGAGCUGCUGCUCUGCGAGGGGCUGGGCAAGCGCGCCCACCUGCUCAAGAAGCUCAUCAAGAUCGCUGCCAUCUGUAAGCAGAACCAGGACAUGCUCUCCUUCUACGCCAUCGUCAUCGGCCUCAACAACGCCGCCGUCAGCCGCCUGCGCCUCACCUGGGAGAAGCUCCCAGGGAAAUUCAAGAAUCUGUUUCGGAAGUUUGAGAACCUGACGGACCCCUGCAGGAACCACAAGACCUACCGGGAGGUGCUGGCCAAGAUGAAGCCCCCGCUCAUCCCCUUUGUGCCACUCAUCCUCAAAGAUCUGACCUUCCUGCAUGAAGGCAGCAAAACCCUCUUGGACGGGCUGGUCAACGUGGAGAAACUGCACUGCAUCGCCGAGAAAGUGAGAACCGUGCGGAAGUACCGGAGCCGCCCCCUCUGUGAUGACGUCACGGGCGGGGGAUGGAGCCGACCUUCCCAAGAUGGCGGCAGCGCCGAGCCAACAUUUGACCUUCUAAACAUGGCGGCCGCAAAAGGCUUCCGCCACCCCUCCCACUAUGGCGGCCGCUGGGCUCAGCCGACCUCCUCAAUAUGGCGGAAGGGGUGGGUGAGACAGGCGGCGUAG